CUUUUCCUGGAAAAAGACAGAGAAAGAAAAACACCUCGCUCACUAACCUUGCUGUAUUAAUAUUAGCUAGCAAUUCUCAGCCUGUUGUUUUCUACUUAUCAUCUAUGUGUGGGACAUUCUAUUCAGACUCCCUUGGCCCAGAAAAAUAUUCCCCUGACGUUAACUAGUUGUGAUGUGUAUGUGUGUUUGCAAAGUCCCUCUGCAACUCAACAUGUCAGUCUCAACAAUUCAGUUCAAUCAUAGCGCUGAACUGAUGCUCUUGACCUUUAUUACAAGUAGUGCCAACUCUUAAUGAGCACAAUUGCAAUGUGUAUAUAAAAAUCACAAAAACAGCUUCAUUUAAGAAUUUUAUUCCUAACAACGUGCUUUAUACAACAUGCCUAAAUGACCUAAGUACUUUUUUUUUUCUAUUAAGUUCUUUAAAUUAAGUGUUUACUAUCUAACAAUGACACGCUCAUGGAUGCCCUGGACAGCAAUUUGGGAUUAGUUGCCCAAGAGUAUUUGCAUGCAGACUGGAGCAGCCAAGUUUCAAUACAACCAACCUUGUGCUUAGUAGAGGACCUCCUCUACCCCCUGAAUUACUCUACACCCACCCAAGUGAAUACAGAUGUUUAUAGCACAUUCAGAGGUGCAAAUGUGCUCCAGAGGUCAUGAUCAGAAAAGGUGGUACUGUUUACAGUAACUUCUGGUAACAAGCAUAUCUAAUUUUCACACUUAGUGGCUUUUGUGUGAGUUCCUCAUUUUAUAUAAAUUUCUGAGCACUUCUUAAAAAUGUUCACAUCUGAGAAACCGGCUGCUUGAAGGACCUCAUGAGAAUGUGAGUUAUUAUAUCAUGAAUAUGGCACAAACAUUGUAACGAUGAAACAUGGUGAUUUUCUAUAGUUGUUUGGUUAACUAGAUUAAUCCUCAUGAUUUCAAACUGUGGGGAAAACUGAAGAAAGAAUCAAAAAGUUCCUCUAAAAAAAAAGGUGAGGGGUUAUCUUUUUUUCUCAGAUGUAAGACUUCCAAGACUUUAAUUAACUAUGUUCAGAAGAUUUCUGCUCCUGAGAAUAUAUGAAACAUAAAUAUUGUUGACAUCAAAAUUAACACUUUAAUAAAAUGCAAAAAAUGUAUUUGAAGCUGCCUUUGGGGUUAUAACUUUCUCUUUCUUUUCUUCCAUCAUUUAAUGUUUUAAACUUUGUUAACUGAAAACUGGAUGUUGUUACACUAUCAGAUCUUUUUAAACUGAACAUUUAUCUUAGUGCUGACAUUAUAUGGCAACACUGCACCGUUGUCUUGAUCUCACCUGCUAGCACAUGCUCCAAGUAAUGUGAGAGUUUUAACACAAUACUUCAAAAGAUCUGAACAGGUUUUCACUGGUAAACUUUAACAAAUAAUCAUGUUAAUGAUAAUAAUGUUAAUAUCACUCAUUGUUUCAUUGUAAACUUCAGACUCUUUUAAACUUCACUCUCUUGCAACAAAGAUGGCUGCAACUCUGACUUUUCUUCUCAUUAGUUCUCUGCUGCAGGGUGCACUGUGUGAAACGUUCAACAUCAAAAUGCCACCAAAUAUAAAUGUUUUGAGAGGAUCCUGUGUGACCAUCCCCUGCUCCUUUGACGUAGAGAGCAGAUUUGAAAAAUACUUAGAUCAUACAUGUAAAGCAUAUUGGAGUGAUUCACCUUCAUUUACCAGUGGAAAUGCAAAAGUCAAACCAACUAAAGACAUGACAGGAGACUUAACAAAGAAAGACUGCACCACAACUUUCAAUAAUACACGUCUCCUUCCAGGCAAAAAAUACUACCUCAGACUGGAGUGUAAAAAUGACCUGAAAUACACUUUUAAACAAGCUAGUGUAAAUAUUUCAGUGAUAGCUGUUGCUCCCUCACCGACUCUGACUCCAUCCACACUGGAGGUGAAGGAGGGAACCUCAGUGAGUCUGACGUGCUCUGCUCCAGCUCCAUGUUGGUCUCAUCCUCCAGCUCUGACAUGGAUCCCUAACCGGGGUCAGAGUCAGGAGACACUGCAGGAGAAUCAGGACAAAACUAAAGUCAAGACUUCUGUUAUGAAUUUCACUGCUUCUCACCUCCAUCAUGGAAAUAAAAUCUCCUGCACUGCUGUCUACCAGAAAAAUCGUGGUAGCCCUGAUGUCACUGCUGAAACAAGUUUAACGCCUGAUAUUUCAUAUUCACCUAAAAACGUCACAGUUUCAGUCAGUCCCUCUGGUCCAGUACCAGAGAACAGCAACGUGAGUCUGACCUGCAGCAGUAAUGCCAACCCAGCAGUGAGGAACUACACCUGGUACAGAGCUGAUGGAGACCAGGAGGCUCUCAUUGGGACUGGACAGUCUUUUAUUGUUACUGUUUCAAAAGUAAAAAGUACAUUUUUCUGCAAGGCUACAAAUGCACUUGGAUGUGAACGAUCAAGAAACCUACAAAUAGAUUUUCAAUAUUCUGUUCUGUAUCCAGUCAUCCUCUCCAUUCUUGCAGUGUUACUGCCUGUAAUACUGUGUGUUCUGCUGUUUUUUCUCAGAGCUCAGAAUAAUCCCUGUAAACCUAAAGGUCAGUUAACAGAAGAAAAUACCCCAGCUGCUACAAGUCAGGCUCUAACUGAAGAAGGAAAUGAGAAACCAAACACAAAUGAAGAGGGCAUUUAUGCAAAUACUGAUGAGCUGGGAGACGCAGACGCUGUCCAUUCUCCAAUCAUCACUGAGCCAAGCAGCACCUACGAGCAAAACUCUGGACCAAACAAUAUAGAAGGUGGAAGUGAAAACUCAGAGAAGAAGGUGGACAGCCCUGAUGGAGUCUACUCUAAUGUGAACUGGAAGCCGAAGAGCAAAAAAAUAAAUAAAAAUAAGACUGUGGACAUGAAUCCUCGAGGCAGUUCUUAUUUGGAAGAGGAGAAGUGUAUGGUGGACGGGUUUAACAGAAACUUUGUGAGCAAUGCACUAGAGAUGGGAGGCCUGUAUGAUGAAGUGGAGUCUAGAACUGUGAGGAAGGAAGUAGAGUGUGAAUACGCCCAAGUAAAUUUUCAUAAAAAGAGUGCUAUGCAAUAGAUAUAAAAACUUUUUAGAGGUAACUGCUACAAAUAUAGCUGUCAUGUUUGCUGUGUCUUUUUUUUGUGCUUUAAGUUAAAUGAUAACAAAAACAUUUAAGAUAUGUGUUUAAAAUCAUUAUGUGAUUUAAAAAGAUCUGCUGAAAAGGCGCUUGUUAAGGCUGUUAAGCAAAAUCCAUAAUUACUCAGAAUGCAUGCUUCAUGCUGCAGGGAAGUAGCAACAUUGUUCACACAAAUAAAGUUUUAUAUUUAGGUCAAUCACAGAGGUUCUUGCUCUAAUUUUUGUUAUGUCUUGCUUUUUAUUUAUUUCCAGCUCAUCACCUUGUGAGUUGGAACAAGACUGACCACAGUGCAGUGCAGUGCAGUGUCCUGUAAAGGAGAUCAACAGAGUGGAAUAAAUGCUCUUCUGAGCUGUAUCAUCCUCUCAUCAUCUCAUUCAUAGUUUCAGUCAUUUCAAGCCGCUAAACUUAUGAGCGGACAGUGGGAGAAGACACCCGAUCUAGCACCAAAUGUACAUUUAGAGCUGUUGUACAAAUAAAGCUUUAAAUAGCACGUCCGCUACCUGGUUAACAUAUGAUGAAUUCCAAGCAGCAAAAUUAAUAACUGACAGUGUAAGAAGAGCAAAUCUCCGGCGAGAGCAGCUGACGAAUUUCCGUUUAAUCUACGGAUCAUUUCAGCACGAGUCGUUAAUUAACACAAUUGAACAGCAUGAAGGGCAUUUGGUUAAUAAAACACAAUGACCAACAGACUUUAUAAAUAUUUUGAAGUUAUAAAAUGAAUAUCUGACUGUUUAAGGACUCCAAAUCCUCCGCAGGUUUGUUAGCUAAAGAUCAUGAAACAAUAAAUUCACAAAGUCACAGAAAAAACCCCACAACAGCUGCAAAGUGAUUCGAGUGAGAGUCUGAAAUAAUAUUUUUUAAGCAUUUUUACUGUUAUUAAAAUUUUAAAAAAGCAAAUGAAAAUGAAUGCGUCAGUACUCAGAGAUGAAAACACUGCCUCCUAGUGUCAACUUGUGUUAUUACCACCAAAUCCAUGAAGGACAGUGUGAAAAGUGAUGAACUGAGUACAGUUUUUUUCAACAUUAUUGGUAUCAGUGUUAAUAUAACAGAACAUUUAU